CAGCGCCCGCCUGAGGAGCUCGCGGCGUGCCGGGGGCUCCGCAGCCCCCAUCCUGCCUCCACCGGAGGACCCCCGGCACCGGGCAAGGCGGCAGCGGGGAGCUGAGCCCUGGAGGUCUGGCCGUGGGAGGACGCAGAGGGACGGCGGCGUGCCGGCGGUGUGUGCAGCCCCCUGUGAGCGGUGACAGGCACGGCCGGAGCUCCGGAGAGCAUCACAGCACACAGGCCCCGCGCUGACCCUCGCUGCGUAAGAUGACAGCAAGAGACGGGCCACAGGAUAGGUACAAGGCUGUCUGGCUGAUCUUCUUCAUCCUUGGCCUGGGAACGCUGCUGCCAUGGAAUUUCUUCAUGACCGCCAGGGAGUAUUUCAUCAGCCGCCUGGCAGACACAGAGAACAUGAGCCACCUCGGGAACCAGACCGGUGGGGCUGCCUUGUCCCACUCCUACCUGCAGUCCAUGUUUGACAACUUCAUGACUCUCUGCGCCAUGGUGCCCCUCCUCGUCUUCACCUGCCUCAACUCCUUCAUCCACCAGCGGAUUCCCCAGCAGAUCCGCAUCUUGGGCAGCCUGGUGGCCAUCGGGCUGGUGUUCUUACUGACCGCAAUCAUGGUGAAGGUCGCCAUGGAGCCUCUUCCCUUCUUCGUCUUCACCAUGAUCAGCAUCGUCUUCAUCAACUCCUUUGGCGCCAUCCUCCAGAGCAGCCUCUUUGGACUGGCGGGGCUCCUGCCUGCCAACUACACAGCUCCCAUCAUGAGCGGGCAGGGCCUGGCAGGCAUCUUUGCUGCUUUGGCGAUGAUCUUCAGUAUCGCCAUUGGCGCUCAGCAGCCAGAGAGCUUCAUUGGCUACUUCACCACGGCGUGCGUGGCGAUCCUGCUGGCAAUCUUCUCCUACAUCCUUCUGCCUCGCACGGAUUUCUUCCGGUACUACUCCAUGAAGGACAAGACGGAGUACCACGUGUACAACGCAGAGCUGGAGACCAAGAGAGACCUGAUUAAGAAAGAUGAGCUCAAUGGGAUGGAGCAGAAUAACUCAAAGAUCAUCCCUGUCCACAACCCUGACGAGAAGUCCUCGGUCAUCGCCAUUUUUAAGAAGCUCUGGGUCAUGGCUGUGUCUGUCUGCUUAGUCUUCACCGUCACCAUCGGGGUCUUUCCUUCCAUCACAGCCAAGGUGCACACUAGCCUCGGAGAGGGAAACAAAUGGGGUCUCUACUUCAUCCCUGUCUCCUGCUUCCUGAUGUUUAACGUCUUUGACUGGGCAGGACGGAGCCUCACUGCCCUCUUCACAUGGCCUGGAAAGGACAGCUGCCUCCUGCCAGUGAUGGUGGCCCUCCGCGUCGUCUUCAUCCCCCUUUUCAUGCUGUGCAAUGUGCAGCCCCGGGACUACCUGCCUGUCAUUUUCUCCCAUGACGCCUGGUACAUCAUCUUCAUGAUCUUCUUCUCCAUCUCCAACGGCUACCUGGCCAGCCUCUGCAUGUGCUUCGGGCCCAAGAAAGUGCUUGCCCACGAAGCGGAGACAGCUGGAGCAGUCAUGGCGUUCUUCCUGGCGCUGGGCUUGGCCCUAGGAGCGUCCAUCUCCUUCCUGUUCCAAAUUCUCGUCUAGCAGAGGCACCCAAAGGGUGCAGGGACACCGAGAUGGCUCCGCAUCCUCCUCCGAGGCCCUGGACACCUCAGUGCUGUGGGGAGAUAACACCUCACGCCUGCCCCUGCCAACUCACACUGCCAUGGCAGAUGUUACACCCAGGGACGGUUCCACUCCUCCAGGGUUGGCCUGGCUCCUGCCACGCUUGGCCGUGUGAUGCCUUCAGGCCUACGUGCCUUUGCCUUCCCCAUGCCGUGUGUAAGACUCCUGGGACCUCGCCGAGGUCCAGCCACCUCCCGUGCCGUGCAACUUCCCCAGCUCAAGGCCGAAAGCCAUUCUAAACCUCCUUAUCUCUGACAGGCGGAGUCGAAGCCUAGCAUCCAGUGUUAUUUCCCCUCUUGCCUCCAUCCCUAAGGCCCCUAGUGGCUUGCUCCCCUCUCCUUCCAGCGUGCCUGGAAGCAUCCCAUGCCACCAUCAUCUCCUACCAGAGAGAACUGGGGCAGCGAGAGCCCCAACCACCCCCAGUAGCCCAAGGGACACAGACACCCGUGUGGUGUGACCGAGGGCCACCCCCAUGACUCAGUCUCCAUGCUUUGCUUCCUCCCUUCUCUCCUUGCCUUUGUUCUCCCCCACAGAUCCCACCGUUACUUUCUUUCCACCUCCCACCCGUGUAACAGGAGGUCCCACCUGCAGACAGGAUAGGGGGUAGCUCCCCCCAGCUCCCUGCCUGCCUCUCCCCUCCCAUGUCUCUCAAUGUACCUGUACAUUGCCCAUUUUCUAUAAAAAGAUUAAAACCUGUGUCCGUCUC